GUCUAAGAGUUGGUGCUGUUGUCGGACAGAAGGUAUGUAACAGAAUGUUCCACUGCAUAAUGAAGCCACCACCAGACACACCUAAGGGUUUGUUGGCACGUUGAAGGCAGUGGUGGAUUUCAUCACCAGUGUCUGGCCUUUCUGAAAUAUGGGAAGUCAUCUACUUCGUUCAAGAUCCCUUCACAGAUGUUAACUAUCAGGUGCAGCCUAUUCUUAAGGGAGGAUCACUGUGCAAAGCACCGAAUGUCUGAAGGCGUGUUGAAACAUGCUCCUUGCACAGCUGAGCAAUGGUAGAAGAUGGCGAAAUUAUUGCUUGGGGAGGCAGACAAAGACAGCACUGCAGAAGUGUACUUGGCACACAACAGACUGAACUUAGAUGUAUUUCCAAAUGGCACCAGAAAAUUUUUGGUGCUAUGCAAUACUCACAGGAAGGAGUUACAACAGGUUGAGUUUCUACGGCUAAACUGCAAUGAAGAGGAGAUCGGUCCAUCACUCGCAUUCAUCCCUGAACUAAGGAGGCUGAAAUCACUUGUGCUUAAAGGUGGUCACCUUAGGGAUGAAUAUGGCGUGUGUCAGCAUGGUCUGUUGUCGACUUUGCCUGUGAACUUUGGACAUUUCCAGCACUUGAACCAUUUGGAUCUGAGUUUCAACCGCUUCAUCUCUUUGCCUGAAUGCCUGACGGAACUGAAGGAACUCACUGUGCUUCUGCUAAGCCACAACCAGCUGGCUGCACUGCCCAACAGCAUUGGGAAGCUGGUGAAACUCUCUUUUCUCUCCCUGAUGAAAAAUCAGCUGAGGAUGUUGCCUGGAAGCAUCGGUGAACUUGUAGCACUUAAGAGAGCAGACCUAUCUGAGAAUAAACUGGAACAGCUUCCUGACGAGGUCGGAAAAUUGAGCAGCUGUACUUGGAUAGACUUUUCAGGGAAUCGAUUAAAAACUCUGCCAUCCACACUCGCAAACAUGGCGUCCCUUGGGGAAUUACAUCUACACAGCAAUCAACUCGUAACGGUUCCAGCUGAGCUUGCUAACCUCCCCAACUUGUCAAGACUUGAUCUGCAAAACAAUUGCCUACGCUCUGUGCCCCCUGAGAUCCUGAACUUCCCCUUUGUGCAUUUGAAGGGCAAUCCGAUAGGGGAGGCAGAAGACCCUGAAGAACAAGACCAGGACAAACCAAAAGAAAUCGCUAUCCGAUACCUUCCAUCUAAUGCAGAGAGCUUCACUGUUACUGCUGAGGGUUGCAAUGUUGCUUUGCCCUGUGGGAUUGAAAUCAAUUUCCCACCUGAUGCUGUUUCUUUGGUGACCGUGAUCUCUUGCAAUGUCAUAGCCCCGGACCCUCAGCAGGUGAAACUCGAGCAUCAUGACUUCUUACUGAGCCCUGUUCUGGAGCUACUUCCUCAUGGUAUACAAUUUAAAAAGGAAGUGGUUAUUUGGAUGCCAUAUAUUUCUUCUCGUUCUGGCCACAAAAGAGAAGUUGUGAUGCGAACAUUCAAUGGAAGCUGGAAUAAUUUGGAGACCAAGGUUUCUAAGUCACGACGUAUGGCCAGUUGCAGUGUGCUCCAUUUCUCCUGGUUCAUCGUUAUUUCACGACUGAAGGAGAAUAAGUGCGCUGUCCCAACUGAAGGAACCCGACUGUUCUCGUCUGUGGAUCCUAAUAUCAAGGUGAUCUUUCCACCCGGGGCAGUGAAUGAGACUCGCACUGUGAAAAUGCAGGUGUUCCCUGUUACUGUAGAGGAGUUACAUGAGCUCACAGAUGGUCAGCACUCUCUUGCAAGCCCUCUGCUCUGCUUGUCACAAAACUCAACGGAUGACUUUCUGAAACCAGUUACGAUUCAGCUUCCAUUGCCCUCUGGGAUCUCAGGUUUUACUCUGGACCGUUCCAAAGUUCAUUUACUUCACGGAGAUCCGGAGGUUCAGGACUGGGUGGACAUUACAAAUCAGGUGGUGCUGGAAUUCACUCACCUUUACGCCAUUUUUGAAGUUCACCAUUUUUCGUGGGUAUCAAUCCACAGCAUGUCAGACAUUGCACCAUACCUGAAGACAACACUUGACUGGAGCAGCAUAGUUGAAAAUGUGGAAGAUAUUCUAAACUUAUGGCAUUUAUGUACAAGUGGCAGGUACUGGCUGUGGUACACAACUAAAACGUAUGUUGGUGGAAUCGCUAAAAAUGUGUAUGAACGCCUGAGAAGGUGGCAGGUCAGUUUUCUGGCACUGCAAAGAAAGAGGGAUCCAGAGCAAGUUCUGCUCCAGUGCCUUCCCAAACACAAGGUUGAGUCUGUCUGCAAGAAUUUAGAGAAGAGGUAUUGGGGGCCUGAGCCAUCUGAGAUUGUGGAAAUGUUUGAAGGAGAACAGUUUUUUGCUGGAUUUGAAAAAGGGAUUGAAAUUGUUUCAGACCGGCCAGAUUGUGUAGGUGGGAGAAUCAGUUUCACCUUUUAUUCGCAUCUGAAGAACAUUAAAGAGGUUUAUAUCUCAACUCUAGCAGACAGGAAAACACAAGAUGUGAAAGGACAGGUUUCCUUUUACAGAGGGUCCUUGCCAGAAAAUGUACCUGAGGAGGCUGCUAAGAAAAGAAAAGGCCCGGAUUCGAUGUGGCUGGCCACUUUGCCAAUCAAAUUGCCAAGACAAAGAUCGAAGCAUCAAAAUGAGUUGAGAACUUAUCCACCAUUAAACCUAGGUGAUGAAGAAACGGGCUACCUGACUGAAGCUAAUCUUCUGAGUAUUGCUAGAAGAAUUGGGCCAGAAUGGCAGAAUAUUGGAAUAAAUCUUGGUUUACCUUACAAAGAAUUGGAAAGAAUAGCAUACAACAACAGGGACAACCUGGAUAAGCAAAUCCUGGAAAUGCUCUUCACUUGGGCACGUUGCAAUGCAAAUGUCUCAGGCUGCAUCCGUCAUCUCGUUCAAGCAAUGAAGGAGAGCGAUCGUGAAGAUAUUGCUGAGGAAAUAGAUAGUAUUAUUGAACUUGGCAAGAAGAAAUACCGUGAGUCUAUUCAUCGAGUUGGACUGAGUCAAGAAGGCAGCAACAAAGAUUCAACCAUAGCAACGGUGUAAGUCUGAAGGCACAGAACCCGCAGAGAAAAUGCACUUGAAUCUUCCGUGAUAUUACUUGAGGAUAGAUGGGAAGUUUUCCAUUCCUAUUAGAACUUUAUUAGACUUUUAAUUCUGCUGACUGUUGGCGUCAAGGGGCACAGUGAAUUCUGAGCAGUACUGCUGAAGAAUUGAUGGUCUUGUGCGCUUCUGGGCAAGAAUCACAGAUUCCCUGUGUUUGUGUUUUAUACAAAUAUAGAGAAGACUGAAUACAAAUUUUGAAGCAAUGUGCAAUUUUCAAUACUAUUGCAGUUAAUGUUCAAUGCCUUUUUAUUUGACUGUGUUACAAAGAGAAGCAAACUUUCAAUACUUCUCAACUUCUGCAGUUAUUGGUGGAAUGUUCUGUUCCAUCACAAACUGUUCACUUCUCUCUGCACCAGUAUUUUACUGCUCUUUGGCCUGCUAAUCAACUCCUUUCUUGAUCCCCAUGCAGAUUUAUUCAGAAAAAUUGAUUGUUGUCCCACAUCAACAUGUAAAUCUUUUCCUUAUGAGUUUCCAAUCUUUUCCAAUGUUGCUGAGCUCCAGUAGAUAGGCAAAUGGUCUGGAAUUCUGGCAGAUUGGGUUGCUAUAUGCCAUUGCUUAUGGCAGUAGGAAACUAGGAAGAAAACUUAGCAACACUAGACCGUGUUCGUCUGUCUGUUGGACAAGAUGUGUUCAUUCUUCCAUACUAACAUAUAUACUGUUUGGAUCAGCUUUGCACCCCAGUACUUAGCAGGGCCAUGUCACAUAACUAAAUAAGUAGUUUAAUGAGCUGAUUUUGCUUUGUUAGAUUUUUUUAAACAGUUAGUUUGCAUUUCCAAUGCAGUGUUAGCCUCCACAUCUGCUUGCACAUGGGAAUUUUUUUUCAACCUUUGUGCCCUUGCUAAGGAGGAUUGACAACUGGCCUUUCUCAUUGUACAUAAGCUUACCCACCAAUAUAAAAGCUUACUACAAACAACCAAAUGAUUCUGUGAAAGCUAUAACUGUCUGCAUCCGGUGGAAAAAAUUAAAUCAGGAACAAAUCUUCUUCAAGACAAGUAUGUAUUCACUUAAAAGUUACACUAAUAGAUGCUAAUGUGGAGUUUUUCUUUCCAGUAGAUGGUAGUAUGCAGUCAUCGUCAUUCUGAAUAGAUGCAGCAUGGUCAGAAACAUUCGUAAAUUCUAAUUUUCUGUGGUAUAAUUUACAGUGUUGCAAAAGCAAAAUACCAUUAAGGCCAAAAAUCUGAAAUAGCAACAGAAAAUGCUUUAAUAUUCACCUAAAUCAGGCAGCAUCUGUGGUGAGAGAAUUAAGGUUCAUGACCAAAGCCACAAAAAGUAAGGGAAAAAAUCAAUUCUAAGUAAAGGGGGAAGAGGACGAAUGAACAAUAGGAGAGGUUUAUGAUGAAAUGUAAAGCAGAGGCGCUUAAAUGAUAGAAUGGAUGCCGGUGCAAGGCAUAAACCAAGAAUUGAGUCUAGUGGAGGUGUAACUGUUUGGAGCAGAACUCAGGAUUGUAGCUGUUGAGCCAGUAUUCCUUCCUUCAUAGUUAACAGAGCCUUUGUUUCUGUCAGUUCAGCCUUUCACAGAAGUGCCUUCAUCCUUUCCUCCCUUCCUGCAUUUCAGAGGUUUACCUUGACCAACUUCACUAACCCCCACAUUCAACAAAUUGUUUUCUGCCUUUCCUGAUUCCUUCAGCAUAAUGCCAGUUCCUAAGAUGGCUUCCCAUGGUUUCUAAUUACUACAGGUCCAUUCCAUUUUUGAUACCUGGUUCCGUUCGCAAUCAUCAGCAACUCACCUCCCCUUCCCACGGCAUCUUCUCAUGCUAGCAUAAAAUGCAAUACUUGUGCUUUAUUCUCACCCCUGCCCUCCAGGUCUUCAAACACUUGCCAGGUGAAAUGUCAACAUACUUGUGCGAUUUAUAAUUGAAUACCUGCUGAUCAGAAUGCCUUAUCUAGACAAGUUAGAUUAAGGUGGAAAACUUCUAUUUAGUCCACUGACAUGACUUCUGUCUUACAAUGGCCAAUCCACUCUUGUUCCAACUGGCAAUUACUGUUACUGAUCAUUUUUAAAAAUGUAGGUGCUGUAAACUUGAAAUGCAGAAAACGUAAGCAAAUUAGCUUGCAUUUAUGAAAAAAAGUUAAAAUUACAUCAGUAAUAUCAGAGUUGAAGUAGUUUUCAACUGAAAUAUUCUUUAUCCCCAGUUGUAUUUCUGAUAUUGAUGUAUUUGAUCUGCUACAUGGUUCCAUUCAAUUGCAGCAUGAUUUCAAGGAGAGAAUUUCAUAAACUGCCACCUCUUUUACUGCGGAGAUUAACAAUUUCAGAGAAGGAUCCUACUGUUCCCUCCGCUGCUUUCUGUACCACAGUCUUCUGCCUUGCUCCAUUAUUUCUUUUGUUCUUAACCCAUUCUGUCUUUUCACUUUAUCAGUGACAUUUUUUUGCCUCUCUAUCUUUCUUUCCUCGCUGUGACUUAAGGCUAGCUCAUCUCUAUGUUCUUUUCAGUGGUUAGCAGUGGAAAGGGUGAGCAGCUUCAAGUUCCUGAGUGUCAACAUCUCAGAGAAUCUGCCCUGAGUCCAACACAUCAACACAAUCACAAACAAGGCAUGCCAUGGGUCUACUUUGUUAGGAGUUUGAAGAGAUUUAGUACAUCAUCAAAGACUUUCUAUAGAUGUACGUGAACUAGUUGCAUCACAGCCUGGUACGAAACCUCCAGUGCACAAGUGGCUGCAGAGAGUUGUAAACAGACACACUUCCCCCCCACCACUGAGAUCAUGUUCACGAGGUGCUGCCUCAAGAAGGUAUCGUCCAUCAUUAAGCACCUUCACCAUCUGGGACAGUGCCUCUUCUGGUUACUACCUUCAGGGGUCUGAUUUAAGAACAGUUUCUUCCCUUCCACUAUCAGAGAGCCUGUGAACACUACCUCAUUAUUCCUCUUUUAUUGCACUUUUUUUUUGGUAAUCAUGUCUCAGCAUCUCAGCUGCCAAAAAAAUAACAAAUUCCAUGUCAUACGUCAGUGAUAAUAAACCUGACUCUGAAUCAAUUUUGAUGUGAAAAAUUAAGAUUGUUUUCUCUCUACGGACACUUCCUGAUGAUUACAUUUUACCAGUCUGUGGUAUUUACAGUAAUUCAAAAAGCAAACUACCUUAAUUCUGCUGGGUUGAAACAAUGUAAGCUUGGUUUUUAAAUGAAUCUCCUCUUUUAUUUUUGUGUAUAAAACUGGGUGCUUGAGUAUAGCAUCUUAAAAUAACUUUUGCACAUAUCCUUUAAAGACUGCACUAAGCAUAAGCAUAAUUUGUGAAUGUAUUUCCUUUUAAAUCUAGCAACAAUUUUAUGUUUAUUUAUUUUAAAUUGUACAAUGAACGACUUAGUGUAUAGACAUGAAUUAAUGUAUCCUAAAAUGAAUUGCAAUUAGAAUAUUGUGUUUUGUUUUAAAAUAAUGAAUAUUGAUGCUUUAUCCUUUCAAGAAAUAUUGUGUCAUUCCCACUCCCCCAAGUUCACAGUUAAAUAUUGAACUUGCCCCAUAACACAUUCCUCCCACCUUUACUAGUUUAAAAAGUAUCUAGCGUCUUGUAUGCACUCACAUUAUUAAACCAAAUUCAAUUCCCCAGUGAAAGAGCACCAAGAGUUAACUCUAAAUGACAGUGUGAAAUACAGAUAAUUGAGUAUGGAAGGACUUGCUGGGAUCAGCUCAAGAUGUCCCCUGCAACUGUAUUCUCUGGGGAUUAUUAUUCUGCCUCCAUGUCAAGUCCUAAUGCUUGAAUGUCUGGUGUGUUCAGUUAACGUUUGUCUAGAUGGCGUAAAUAAUGGAAUUUACUACAGCAGGCAUACCUGAUUUGUACAAUCCAAUAGCAAUCUGUUAAAGAAAUUUGGAUAUAGAAAUUAAUCUACAUCUUAAAGAUUGCUCUUCAAUUUAAAUAUUUAUUGGAAGUUGCAUUAUUAAUAUGUUCUGAGCAUGAGUUUGAGAUGUAAAAUCUUGAGAUAAAAUUGUUUCACAAUUAAAGGGUGAAAUUGUACAGAAUGUGUUCAUGACUUCUGUUGUUUUGGUGUGUUUCGUUGUCAUAAUUGUAGAGCACUAUAGCACAGGACAGGCCCUAUGGCACAUCUGGUCCAUGUUGGUCAGGUUCUCUGCCUGGUCCCAUCUACCUGCAACAGAACCAUAGCCCUCCAUACUUCUCAUCCAUGUACCUAUCCAAUCUUCUUUUAAAGGUUACCAUUCAACCGGUAUCUACCAUUUCUGCUGGCAGCUCAUUCCACACUCCUGUCACAUUCUGAGUGAAGCAGAUCCCCCUUAAAAUGUUUCACUUUUCCCCCAAAACCUCUGAGCUCUCAUUCUGAGGGGAACAUGCCUGCACCUGACAUCAACAGUUGAUUGCUGAUUUUGGUACUAGUAUAUCACCAAUAGACACAGCACAACAAAGACCUCCUGCAAUCAAA